CCGUCGCGACUCCGCCGUGCGCCGCGCGGGCCGACGGACGGCGACCAUGGCGCCCUGGCGGCCCGGAAGCAAGACGGUCCUCCUUCCUCUCCGCCGCGCCUUUUCAGGCCGUGGCUGUCAGCUCGCCCCCGAGCGCAGCGCUGAGCGCAGGGAUGCAGCGCCCAGCCGCGUCUCAAGUUUCUGCCCUCCAAGAAAAUCUUGCCAUGAUUGGAUAGGACCCCCAGAUAAAUAUUCAAACCUUCGACCUGUUCACUUUUACAUCCCUGAAAAUGAGUCACCACUGGAACAAAAGCUAAGAAAAUUAAGACAAGAAACACAGGAAUGGAACCAACAGUUCUGGGCGAACCAAAAUUUGACUUUUCAUAAGGAAAAAGAAGAAUUUAUUCACUCAAGACUGAAAGCUAAAAGCCUGGGACUGACAGCGGAACCAGGUGCAAAAGCAACAUUGAAUGCAGAAGAAAUGGCUGAAUUUUACAAGGAAUUUCUGAGUAAAAAUUUUCAGAAGCACAUGUAUUAUAACAGGGACUGGUACAAGCGUAAUUUUGCCAUCACCUUCUUCAUGGCAAAAGUGGCCUUGGAGAGGAUCUGGAGCAAGCUUCCACUGAAACAAAAGAAGAGCAGCGCCUAGGAGCCCGCCGGGGCCCACACGCCCUGCGUCCGAGGGUCCGUGAGAGAAGCAGCUGCUUGCAGGCGCUCGCCUUCCGAGGGCUCUGAACCCCGCGAGGGACCUGAGUCCCACCCCUCGCUGAGGGUGCAGGGCAGAGCAGGCUGGGCGAACGCGGGCCUGCGCCCUGUGCCGUGCGGCUCCGUCCCGGCGCAGACCCGAGCCCGUGCUUGGUCGUGGAAGUGAUAGCGAGUAAAAUGCAAGCACUGUGUGCCUGUUUCCUGUGGUUUUGAAUGACGCCAAUUUGAAGAGAACAAUAUAAAAAUAUUAAUAAAAUUGCACUUGAAAAAUGUGA